UCGUUCAAAUCACCGUCCCCGGGACUGGCAGAGGUACCUCGAAUUUGUUCGGAAGACGUUACAUCCUCGUGUGACUCGGCCUCCAAUUCGCCUACGAACAACAAAGUAAUUCCUAUUGUUAUGUCACAAUGUCGGACCAUAAGUCAUCGCAUUGCAAGUUACAAUAAUAUACGUAAACGAACUAGUAAUCCAUGCAACCUGGUAAAUGUCCCUGUAACUACUAGUAACCUGGAAUAUCACCGAGAUUACUGCGCUGUUCCAUCUCUCUUUGUUACCAAUGCCUGCCACAUAGCUAACAAGGUGGACGAACUGUCUGCAGUGGUUGCGAUAAACAAUCCCUCUGUAAUUUUGGUUACAGAAUCCUGGUUAUCGUCUGAUAUUCCGGAUUCUAUUAUUAACAUAGGAAAUACUUACAAUUCAUAUCGACUCGAUAGACCUACGCAAGGUGGUGGUAUUUUGGCAUACAUUAAAUCUGACCAACCUGCUAAACGCCUUCCUGAACUAGAAGAGGAAGGAAAAGAAGCACUCUGGCUAUUAUUGAAACCACCCAGAAUACCGAGACCCUACAGUUCCGUCAUUGUAGUAGGCGUAUACCACCUUCCAGGUCAAAGUAAAGAGAAUGAACAUGAGAUGUUGGACUACCUAACUCAAAAGAUGGACAUUGCUUUAGCUGAGCGCCCUUCUGCCGGCAUAUUUGUAACUGGGGACUUCAACAAGUUGGACUUGAACCCUUUGUGUCGCCGUUUCAAUCUACGCAAACAGGUCAAGUCGCCCACGAGAAGAAAAAACAUUUUGGACCAGAUACUUACCAAUAUGUCGGAUUUGUAUGACGAAGUUCUUCACAUUCCACCCAUCGGACGUUCCGAUCACCAAUGUUUGAUCUUACCACCCAAAACAAGACAGAAGAUGCCCCCAGUUUCAAAGAAAUAUCGACAAAUGAAACCAGAGAACUUAAACAUUCUGGGACUGAAAAUGAAUCUUGAAGGCUGGGAGAAAGUAUAUUCCGAAUGGGAUGUGGACGACAAGGUCUCAGUCUUUAACUAUAUCGUUAUCUGUAUGCUUGAUGAAGCCUUACCCGUGAGAACAGUUCGCGCACAUUGUACGGACAAACCGUGGAUGACCCCCAAUAUUAAACGUUGAUAAAAGCAAGACAGAGAGCAUUUACGAAAGGGGAGACACCGAAGUAUAAAAGUUUACAUGCAAAAGUUACCAAGCUGAUAUCCAACGCUAAAGCUACGUACUACAAAUCCAAGGCUGAAGGCAACCAUCAAUCCAAUCCCACCAAAUGGUAUAAAACGAUUUACAAGCUAGCGGCAGCAACCGAAAAUCAACAAUCUCUGUCCUCGCCUGAUCACGCUGACCUAAUGGAAAUCGCUGACGGACUACAAAGAAGUUUUACUAAGCCUUGGCUAGGAAUUCAACCAGAUCUUCCCAGACUUCAAGCGGUAGAGCAUUUGCUCAAGGACAGCCACCCACCUCUACCAUCCAUUGGCCAAGUCAAAACCGUCCUAAAACACCUAAAUCCUAGGAAAGCCACUGGGUCGGAUAAUAUCCCUGCAUGGUGUCUUAAACGGUACGCAGAAGAAUUAGCACCAGUGGUCCACGAUAUUGUGGUUGCAAGCAUAGUUCAAUGUAAAUAUCCCACCUCCUACAAGCAUGCAAUCAUUAGUUCCAUACCCAAAGAUCCGUCCACCCACUGA